UAGCUGGCUUCCCAGCCCGGCCCCGGCCCCCGACCCCACACGUACACGUCCCUGUUGUCAUUUCGUUUGGCAGCGCUGCUCCACGGCCACCACACGUCACCGACACCGAGACCGAGUAUUGAAUCAUCACUGAAUGGGCAAAGAUGGCUUUCACUUUCUGUUUUGAAAUCAGUGUUCCUCAGUCAUCUACGACUGCAAGUGCGCAAGCACAUGAGAAGCGAACCCACCAUGACAAGGUACAAACUUCUCCAGAUCGUCCUCAUCAUUGGAUGCACCAUUACUCUGUGCUCCGCUCAGUCAUGCUACGGUCGCCAGCGGGGACAUCUUCCUGGCAACAUCACUUUGGGUUUCUUGUUCUCGUACUACGGAUACAAUGCCUCAAUGGAUAAGUGCGAUCCUGAGACGCCGAAUUUGGACAACAUUCAGCUGAUCGAAGCUGCAAGCAUGAUGUUACAAAACGCAGGAACUCCGGAAUUUACAUUUGGUAUGGAAUCGUGGGACACGUGUUCGUCAAGUCGUUCAGCAGUUGAGGCAUCGAUAGCAUAUCUCACAGAUCGAUUGAUGGAUCAAGAUGUGUGUUCUCCGAGUAUCGCCAAGCCUGGGGUAAUUGCAGGCUUGGAAAAUGGAGGCCAAGGUGAAGCUGUUGCCGGUUUGAUGAAUGAUGCCCGAGUUCCAGUCAUCAGCUUUGCUGCCUCUCAGCCGGCCUUGACCCAAGAUGGCCAGUUUCCUUACUUCUUGCGCACCCUGCCCAACGAUGACUUCCAGGCAGCAGGACUAGUGAAACUGCUCCAAAGAAUGAGCUGGAGUUAUGUAACCAUCAUCAAGCAAGACACAGCAGAGGACGAAGCGGCCUCGCAAGCGUUCCAGCAAGCGGCCCGUCAAAACUCAAUCUGCAUCGCUGCCGCUCUGCAAUUCUCCUGCGCUUCUUCCGACGAAGAUAUGGAUCAAAUUCUCGCUAACGUCACCAGGAAUACAUCCGUGCGUGUGGCCAUUGUUUUUGCGUCUCCGCCCGGUGGGGAGAAAUUGGUUUCUGCAAUUCAGCGAGCGGACACCUCGGCUCUGCAAUUUAUUCUGAGCAACAGAGCGACCAACAUGCUCGGCCCUGCACCAAACGUGACCAAUCUUCAAGGAAUGCUUGGUUUCAAAUUACCGGCAUAUCCGGCAGAAGACCGAUUUGAUAAUUACUUCAAAAGCCUGACACCAGACUCAGUUGACCCUGCUCGCAAUCCAUGGUUUGCGGAUUAUUGGCAGAGAAAGUACAAAUGCAAUCUCCCUGGGUCAGAAUCAUACAGAGAUAAUUGUUCCAGUGUCCACGUAGAGCUACACAAGAGCAGUUACGUACGUCACCCUUGCGUGUCUAGCGUAAUCGAUGCAGUAAUGGCCUAUACAAUCAGCAUUCAAAGCAUCUACAACAACUUAGGCUGUUCGGUUAUGGGUCAGUCAACGUGUGAUUCUCUACGCAGCGAACAAAUUUUAUCUUACAUCAAGAAUGUCAAUUUCACAAGGGAAAACGGCCAGCGUUUGGCGUUCCUCCCGUCUGGUGACCCUUACUACAGCAGACUGGACGUUGUGAACUUCAAAAGGACCAUGGAUGGAAAAUCCAAGAUUGAGCCUGUUGGCUAUUUUGAGAACGGCGAGCUAAGUUUAAACUCCACCCAGCUUCAGCUGGUAAACAGCAGCGGAUCGGUCCCUGUUCAGUCUGUGUGUGACCCUCCCUGUAUGGAUCCGGCUUGUGGAGAUAUAAUCGCACCACCUGAUGAACCCGUGGUCUAUAUACCAGGAGACGUCAUUCUCGGCGGAUUAUUCUCAGUCCACAACUGGAACGACAGUAAAUCAUCCUGCGGGUCUCUGGACGAAUCGGGUGUCAAACGCCUCGAAGCCAUGCUGUACGCACUCGACAAAAUCAACAACGACUCCGCCAUCUUGCCCGGGGUAAAACUGGGCAUGGACGGGUAUGACACCUGCGCGAGUCCCGAUCGCGCCGGUCACCAAGCCCUCCAGCUGGUCAGCGGGGGUCAGUUUGGCCAGAGCGGGUCCGGCCAGCGGCCCCAGCCUGGCGGUCUUACGGAGCACGUGUACGGUUUUGUAGGCCCUAACAGCGACGAGGAAUGCCAGUUAGUCAAUGGAGUUUUGAAUGUUUAUAGCGUGCCAAUGAUAUCCUAUGCGGCAACAUCUUCCUCCCUGAGCAAUUCGGCCGUCUACAAGAACUUUGCUCGUACAGUUUUCUCCAAUUCUGCUCUUGGAAUUUUGCUGCUCCAGGUUCUUUCAAGCAGAGGUUGGACCUACGUGCAGGCACUCCAUAGUAACCUGGCGACGGGGCGCUUCAUAACGGCAACGCUACAACAGACCGGCGCAAGGAUGGGUAUUUGUCUGACAACUUCCCAAGUCAUCCCGUCCUCUGGUAGCGAGGCUGAAAUGGAUGAAGUUUUCCAAAAAUUGCAGACUCGCCCUUCGGCAAAAGCGGUGGUUAUCUCGGCUACUAAUGACGACACGCGAGUCAUCUUGAAGGCCUUUCAAGACCGGAAGCUGUUUGGCCAGUUUUAUUUGAUUCUUGCCAGUGAGUGGUCGACCGACCCGAGUCUGCAGUCUGAAUUUGCUGGGAUUGCACCAGGGAUAACAUUCAUAUCGGAAGGGAAGCGCAGCUAUCCGAACUACAAGGCUUACUUCUCAAGAUUGAAACCCAGCAUGAACCGACGCAAUCCCUGGUUUGCUGAAUACUGGGCCAAGAAAUUCCAGUGCAACCUCCCGGGCGCUGGCACUGCUUACGCUGCAGAUUGCUCAGGCUCCGAGUCUCUCACACGUGACGACGGCGAAGACAGACGCAUCGCCCAGACAGUGGACGCCGUCUACGCAAUAGCGCGGGCCAUAUCCGGCCUCCAGGACCGCCACUGUCCGGGGGAGGCCCACGUCUGCCCCGAGAUGGCCUCAGCAACGGGGGAGGAACUCUUCCAGCUCUUAGUGUCCAGGGCUAGCCAAUUUACCAGUAUCAAUGACGAUCACACUGUUGCGAUUAGCGGAUAUGGCGACGUUUAUCCUGAUUUUGAAAUCUUCAAUGUGCAACGAACUAAUGGAACACUCACGGAUGUCAAGGUUGCCAAAUACCAGAAUUAUUUCUACCAAGAACUUGACAACAAGAUUAAGGUGUACAGCAAGGAGAACGACUCGUAUGUUGAGGUCUCCGACUCCAACUCGACCUCUGUUUGUAUGGGUCUCUGUGAUGACUGUAAAAAGGUUGAAAAGGUACCAGUUGCGGAGAUUUCCGGGGGAGACGUGUGGAUAGGAGGAUUGUUUGAGCUUCACGAACCCUCCCCAGACCACCUCCAGUGUCAGGAGGCCCUCAUUCCGUACAACGUCCAGCUACUGGAGGCGUUUCUGUAUGCCGUGGAACAAGUCAACAUGGAUUCCUCCAUACUGCCGGAUCUCAAGCUGGGUGCCAUUGGGUUCGACACUUGCGGAAGCGAAGACCGGGCUAGCAGGGAGGUGCUGAAUUUCGUCAGCGGGACGGUGGAGUACAGAUCGGGAUACCUACAGACCCGUGCCUCAGUUGUUGGCAUAAUAGGAGGUCAGACAAGCGGUACAUCAGUGCAAGUCGCCGAAGCUCUGACACCUCUUGGAGUUAACCAAGUUAGUUUCGGUGCCACGACGACCGAGCUUGACGAUUCCGACAAGUUCCCGUAUUUCCUUCGCACGGUGCCGUCUGACGAUAAGCAGGCCACGGCUAUCGUGGCCUUGCUUGACACUAUGAACUGGCUGUAUGUGUCUGUCGUUUACUCCGACACUACGUACGGGACCGAUCUCUGGAAAGGGGUCACCGAAAAAUUGUCCGGGACUUCCGUUUGCGUCGCAAUGAGCUUGAAGUUACUCGCGACAUUCAGUGAUGCGGAUUAUGAUAUGGUUGUGCGGCAGCUUCAACUGAACCCGUAUGCCAAAACAGUACUGUUGUUGACGUCCGAUAUGGAUGCCAGAAGCAUUCUCGAAGCCACCGAAAGGAAGAACGUCACCGAUCUCCAGUGGAUAGGAACCGACGCUUGGGGCGACCGCGAUUACGUCGUACAAAAUGCGCAGGUGACGUCGCGAGGUGCGCUCAUACUCCGAUUCAAACAAUCACCAAUGAUACAAGCCUUCAAAGACUACUUCACAAGUCGACAGUUGUACGGGAAUCGUCGCAAUCCGUGGUGGAUGACGUACUGGGAAGACACAUUCAUGUGCAACAAUUACGGUUCCACGAGGUAUAACGUCUCGUGCCCAUGGCAGCCAGAUUUCGAGUCUGUCUACAAACAGGAAACGGAGGUGUCCUACAUCUUGGAUGCCGUGCAGCUCUUCGCCACCGGUCUUCAUAGUGCCAUGGUGAACGAAUGCCCUGGAAUAACCAGAAAAAUCUGCGAUGAUGUUGCUUCAAAUCCGAGUAUCUUACAUCGUUACAUUAAAGAAGCAACUGUCACAAGACGUGACGGAUCAACUUUCAGACUGGAUGAAGACGGCAACGGGGAGCCGUUCUUCGAUGUGUUGCACAUCGAAGCCAAUGUGGUCAACGGCACUAGAGAGAAAAACUCCUACAGAAAGGUUGGAAACUGGACGCCAGGCGGAUUGAAUCUUGAUGCAGUACAGGUUGCUUCUCCAACCAAAUGCAUCGGACGUUGCGCAGAGUGUCGGAGAGUCCAAGAAACCACUUUUGUCGAUAUCCCUGCCCCGCUACGUAUCCUGGGCCUAUUCGACUUACACGCGUCAGGGGAUCACGUAGUUGAAUGUGGCGAGCUGAGAGACACCGGACUAGUCAACCUAGAGGCGAUGCUUUUUGCGAUUGAUAAGAUCAACGCGGACCCCGCGAUCCUGAAUGGCAUCACAGUGGGCGCGACCGCGUUCGACACGUGCGCCAGAGGGUCGCGCGGUGUGCGGGAUUUGUCGUCUGUGUUCAGGGGGUCUUCUCUGUCAGGGCAGGAUAGCGUCCAACAGACCUGGUCGUUGAUUGGUGGCGUGAUCGGCGGCGAACAGGACCAAGUCACUUUGGCCACUGCGUCGCUCACGAACCAGUACAAGUAUGCACAGAUAAGCUACGGAGCUGGCAUGACUGACGAGUCACUCGGUAAUCUUCUGAGAGUAGGACCUACCAUUGAGGAUCAGAUGCUGGCGGUCAUCCAACUGUUGCAGCGUUAUCAGUGGCAGUAUGUUGGCCUGAUCUCCUCUGCAUCAGCGUACCGCGUGCAACAGAGAAAUGCUUUCGUCAGUGCGGCCGCUCGCUACGAAAUUUGCAUCGGGACACAGGAAGAAAUUGCCACACAAAACGACAUGCCAGCUCUUCUGCAACAGAUCUCUACCGCCACAGGCCAAAACGUAGUCGUCUUAUUCACAGACAAGGAGGAUACAUUGCAACUCCUUGAGACACUUGAAAGACAAAGCAACGUGCGUCAUCUUACAUGGUUGAUCGCAUUCGGUGGCCUUACCGACAACGGCUUAUCUGGCAUCUCAUAUCUCGGCGCAUUUGCAAUCGACAGCGUACCGAAAGCGGUCCCCGAGUUUGAAGGGUAUUUCAAUUCCCUGACAGCAUCAUCAGAUCAACAGAAUCCCUGGUUUCCGGAAUUCCUGAGUCGAGCUUACAAUUGCAGUUUAGACAACACUGGCUCAGCACCGUGCCAAAAUUUCGAAAACGCCUCACUGCAAGUCACCCGCGAGAACUUUGCCCUUGCAGCGAACGUGAUAAACGCUGUCUAUUCCAUUGCUCAUGGCUUGCAAGACCUAAGAGACCAUAACUGUGGAGCUACGCCAGGCUUGUGCGCAGCUUUUGUGGGAUUGAGUGCCGAUGAACUACAACAAGGAAUAAGGGAAACUUCGUUCACUGGCCCGGACGGAAGCACGGUUGACUUUGAGAAUGGUGCGUCGACGGAGGAAUUUGCGAUUUGGAACUACAAACAGAUAAAUAAUGCCAAUCAGUUUGUUAAGGUUGGAACCUGGAUGUCAGGGAACGUCUCCAUCCAAGACAGCCAGGUGUCAUUGUACGAUCUUCAAGGCCAACUUGCCAUGACGCCAGUGCUGUCUAAAUGCCUUGCCAACGAUCAAUGCAGUGCCCAUUGCCCCUUCAUAGUCCCAGCUACAACGCCCUCUCCAACAAACCCUCCAACAAACCCCCCAACGAACCCCCCGACAAACCCUCCAACAAACCCACCAACAGACCCUCCAACAACCCAAAAACGCAGCGGCACCGCGAAACCGCUACGGAUCAUUUCACACCUAAAAUCAAGCUGGUUCAUAAUACUCAUGAUCAUUUCAGCCAUAGGCAUGUGCUGUGCGCUUAUCAUGAUGGUCGUUUUCUUCGUCAACCGCAAGCACGCAGUCGCGCAGGCCAUGUCCCCGUUCCUGAGCAUCACGCUCUUGGUGGGGGUCGUCCUGGUGUAUCUGUUAGUCCCGAUUUACGCCGCGCCGCCCAGCAACGUGAUUUGCGCCCUGCAGCGAGUGUGGCCCGGCAUUGCCUUUGCCGUUGUCCACGCGACCGUUUUAAUCAUGGCGAUUCACUUGUACUGGCAGUCAAUGCAAGUCCAUGCGGUUUCCGGUAACAAGCUGGAUUUGAAAACAUCGGGGUUGGUGACGUAUUUUGUCAUUCUGAUGGCUAUGGAGUGCGUGAUCGUGGUGGAGUGGCUGAUCUUGCAGCCUGCCGAAGUUGUCGAGAAGGCCGAGCUAGAUAGCCCCGACGGAAACGGAUCCCUGACGGCCAUUUGUGCGUUUGGCGACCAGAUGCCGGCAUCCCUGUGCUAUGUGUACGUGCUGCUCGUUCUGGCGUUCGUCAUCAUCCUUCCAGCCUGGAGAAAGAAGAAUAUGAUCUCGUCAGUGGAGCUGAUAACAUUGCUGUUUAUGAAUGUGGGCAGCAUGGCUCUCAUCAUCGUCUGGAUACUGGUCGAUCUUUUCGGAUUUGAGAGCACGCGCCAACUAACCGUUGCCGUUAUCGCAACCAUCCAGGCCACACUCGUACUCUGUCUGUGCGUACCACGUGCCAAGAAUGUUAUCACCAAGCGUGGAACCUACAAGGAUACUCCCAAUGUUGAGCUUACCGGACAGAUGUCUGUUCCUGGAGAUCCAGCGGAUGACUUGUAUGACGACGACAUCAGUAUGACUGGAAGCCAGGUACAACUCUGCGAGACAUCGGCAACAUUCAAAGCCUAAAAGGCCGACACUAUUCCAAGCUUGGGCCAAAAAGGGGAAGUAUUUGGGGGGAUAUUGUUCAUUUGAUGAUAUAAGCAUGGCUUUUGGCAUACGGUCAGAGUAUAUCAUGAUAAAGAUAUUUGGCUAUAGGGCCAUCGCAGAUUUGUCCUUUGAAAAAAAGAUUUGUCCUUUGACAAAAUAAAAAAAAAUGUGUCCUUUGAAAAAAAAGGACAAAUCUGCUAUUUUCCCUUUGCCUACCGCACCCUCCAAUUUACUUGAAUAUUUGCCAAAAAUGAAUUCCUGAUAUUUGCCAAAAUUGAAUUGCUUUAAAAAAAAAUAUAUUUUUCACUUUUGCCUUUUGCAAGGAAAUAACUGAAAUUGGGGAAACAAAGGGGUUUUAGUGACAAUUUGAUUUACAGCUUUAGUUUCGUGUACAUUUUCUUGUAGAGUUUAUAAAC